AUGAGAAGAAAUAAAUCCAUACCCAAAGAACUAACUUCGCAGUUUAGAGUAUCGAAAAAAAAGAUGCAAUUACAAAAAGAUCUUGCAUUAAAUGUGCCGAAGAAUUCAAAUGUAGAGUUUCGAAUUUCCUCACUUCCAGAUCUUCCUACACCAAGCAAGGAACUUCAAGAGCUAAUAUUCGAAUACAAGCUACUGAGUGAUUUAUACCUUGCAAUGUGUCCACCAAAGAAACAAAAGUUAUCCAAACCUAAAAGGGGUCUGAAACCAAUAAAUUCGUUUAUUGCCUUCAGGUCCUUUUACACAAGAGCAAUUCGACAUCCUAAUUACCAAAGAGAAAUUUCGCAGAAGCUAGCAAAAUUAUGGUUAACCGAGCCAAGCAAGUCUAUUUGGGACCAAUACACCGAAAGCUACAAUAAUUACCUUUCUCGAGGAAAUAAAGGUCUAGGUUUAGUAGAUUGGUUAACCAAAGUUCUAAAUAUCGACUUAACUGAGGACAUUGCGAUAUCUCAAGACCAUUUCGUGAAACCUUUCAAUUCUGGGACUGUUCAGGAUAUCUAUUUAUUUGAUCGAUAA